GUGGUGCCGCGGAGGAGGGAGCGCCCUUCCCUCCGCUCCCGGGGAGAGAGGUGCGGCCCGGGCAGUGGCGGGCGGGGGCGGCUGCCGGGGCUCUUCGCACGCGUUUCCCGGUGCGCCCUGCGCAGGCGGCGGUGGGAGCCCCGGCUGGCCGUGCCGGGCAGAGCCCGGGGAGGCGGGGGCUCCUGCCGGGGGUGCCUCUGGAAGGCAGAGGGACCGCGCCGAGGAGCCAUGUUCUCAGACCACAAUGAACGUGGAACAUGAAAUUAGCCUCUUAGUUGAGGAGAUUAGGCGGUUGGGAACCAAAAAUGCUGAUGGACAAGUGAGCGUGAAAUUUGGUGUGCUCUUCGCUGAUGAAAAGUGUGCCAACCUCUUUGAAGCCCUUGUAGGAACUCUUAAGGCGGCAAAACGACGGAAGAUUGUCACUUACCCAGGGGAGCUACUUUUACAAGGUGUACACGACAAUGUUGAUAUCAUGCUACUGCAGGACUGAUGUAGUGUUUCAGCUAUGCAUUAAUAGAAUUGAGACAAUGACUUGCAACAUCCUCUGAAUAAGGCUGAUUGUUCUACGGUGUUUUGAUGUAUUUUCUAUAUCUUUAUAUUCAAAAGGAAACUGUCGUAUUUUGGAAAACAUUCCCUUUUGUAAUUCUUCCUAAAGUGGUACUGUGUGUAAGGUAAAAGAUGCAAGAUUGUGCUUUUUUAAAUUUUUUUUUUUAAAUCUCAGGUAUAUGCUCUCAAAUGUCUGGUGGUUAUUUUCAACAUAUGAAGAAGGGGACUGGUAAUUUCAUGUUUACAAAUCAAAAUGUGCCAUGAAAGUACAAAAUUAAAACACAUAACUAAAUUUAUGCAA